AUGGGCAGUCGCCCAUACAGUGGAUUGAAGAACGUGCGCCAUGAUUUCAAGCUAACGCCAAUCCUUCGAACAUUGUGUUUUGCUAUAACGAAGAAUGAUAAAGAGGCGUUAGAUGAAUUAAUGAAAUUGGACGAGUUACCGGUGAUGAUGAGGAUUAAAUUCCUAAGUCAGCACGGCACCCGCGAUGAUUCACAUCAUCAUCAGGCGGUGGUGUUGGAAAAAUUUGCCGCGCGUCGAAAAGCGUUUUUGGCGGCAAUGGAAGACCAAGAAACAGAAGUAUGCGACGUGUGCGAACAGCUCACAGUCAGAACUUCGAUUGUUUCAAAAAAACUGGACAAGUACAAAAAUGUGCUUUUGAACAUGCCGAUUCAAGAUGACCAAAAAUAUCGCGUUUGCCGAAUGUGCUCUCGGGAGCUAUCAAAAAAUCAGCUUCCGGCGGCAGCGAUAUGUAACUCAAUGAAAAUGGAUGACGCACCGGAAGAAUUGAAGAACUUAAAUCUAAUCAAGCUAAUGCUCGUACAGAAAGUUCGUGCCAUCCAGAGCAUUGUGCAUUUGAGGGACAUCGGCAACAGAAAAACAGCAAUGAAAGCCACGAAAGGAGUUCUGAUAAUGGUCCCUGUUUUUGCGGAGGAAACAGUGGACCACGUUGCAAAAGUAUUGCCAUCGUCAUCGCGCUUGCAAUUGCAAGUUCUGACGCAAUGGCAAUCAAUCCACUUGGUGUCACUUCCGCGAGUUAUAAAAGCUCUGAAAUGGCUAAAACAUAAUAACCUCCAUUAUCGAGACAUAUCGAUCAAUGAGGCUUUUAAGUUUGAAAUUGGUAGAGAUGUGUUCUUCGAAAAACCAGAAGCAACACAAAAAGAUGCGGAUGCUUUGAUCGAUGUGGAGGGGAGAGAUGAUGAUCAUCAUCUUCUCACGCAAGCCCAUAUUGAGAAUGUGCCGAUGGCGGAAGUGAAUCCGCCUGAUGCGCUGCCGGGGCGAACGUUAUGA